AUGGCAGAACAAGAAGUCUACGGCAAUAAACUCGCCGGCCACUCUCCCUCCCUCCCAAAAUUCACCGGCUCCGGCGCCGAACAGGACAUUUACGGCGAAAAGCUCGCCAACCACAUCCCCUCCAUUCCCCGCGGUACAUUCACUGGUUCGGGCGCAGAACAAGACGUCUACGCUAGUAAAUUCGAAGGACAAGCUCCUUCUUUUCCUAGAGGAUCUUUCAAGGGUUCUGGUGCGGAACAAGAUGUUUAUGCCAGUAAAUUCGAAGGGCACUCUCCUUCUUUGCCUAGAGCUUCGUUUACUGGUUCGGGCGCGGAACAAGAUGUGUACGGUAACAAAUUCGCCGGUCAUGCUCCUUCCAUGCCGAGUUUGCCCUUCGGAUCGGGCGCUGAGCAGGAUGUUUAUGGGUCCCACUUCAAUCGCGGCCCGUACCAAGGUCUCGGUACCAGCGCUCUAGGUCUCAUGCAUACUGCCGUUCUUCCCUCGUUUACUCUGAACGCUGGCCUUUCAGCCGUGGCAUAUGGUAUUUCUCGGUACACGGAUCGUGUAGAAGGAAAGGAUUAUCUCUGGGCAUCCGGCAUGACUCUCAACGCCUGGUGGAGCGCAAUCGGUUCUCGCGUCAUCAACGAUGGUCUUUCUGUUUCUCAAGCUUGGUCUUCCCUCGGUUAUUCCCAAAAAUUACUUCUCGCUGGUGCUACAGCCUGGGGCGUCCGUCUUACAUCCCGCGUCGUAUCUCGCAGCUUGCAGCGCGGCGAGGAUGAUCCGCGAUACGCCGCUAAAAAGACUGAUCCUGGAUUCUGGAACAAGGCUUUCUUCACCACGUUCUUGCCUGAGGCUGUUGCACAGACUAUCAUCGCUCUUCCGUUCACGAUUCCUUUCCGUCAGGUUUAUGAGUGUGCGCAGGCUUCUCCUGUUGUUUCUUACGGUUCCUAUGUCCAUGCUCUUGCUGUUUUCUUGUUCUCUGCUGGAUUUACGCUUGAGACGCUUGCGGAUGUCCAGCUUGAGACUUUUAAGAAGAACGACGGCAAGGGUGUUAACCGGGAAGGUGUAUGGAGCAUCGUUCGACACCCCAACUACCUCGGCGACGCUCUCAUCCACGCUUCUUUCCCCAUCCUUCUUCUCGGCUCCGGCAUUAUGCACCCCAUCACUCUUCUCGGCCCCAUCGCCAAUUACAUUUUCCUUCGCUACAUCGGCGGCGACAAGGAAAACGAGGAGAGUCAAGCUGAGCGAUACUCCAAGCAUGAUGCCGUCAAGGCUGAGGAGUUCAACGAGUAUCGCGAGCAGAAGAACAGCUUCUGGCCCAAGACCGAGGAGUUUGGUAACUCUUGGACUCUUGGAGUGCUGGGCGCUGGUGUUGCUGGUGUUGUUCUUGAGAGGGGACUUCGAAGUGUCUUGUAA